GAUGCCAACUAGCGGAACGUUUCCAUUGGUUUGUCCGAAAAGCUGCGCUGUAGGAUGCGCUGUAGGACACCUGACUCCUUACACAAACUGUGGUUGUUUGGCGUUUAAAAAUCCGAAUUGCUUAAUUGGUUUCAUUUACAAUCUCAGAACAUAAUCCGAAUCCAAUUGAUAUAAACUUUACACCGUACUUAAUAACUUGCGAAAACUAAUGAUGGCGCUGUAUUUUUAUUUAUGAUGUCCCAAGAUGUAUUAUCGGUGAAUUUGUGUUGAGCAACCGUGGUAUGAUAACCUCCAGAUCUACGUAACUAGUCAUAUGGUUCCAAUGGCCUCGGCGACAGUGACUCCAGCUGAAGACGAUGAGCUGACUUUACCUCGAGCGUCGAUAAAUAAAAUGAUAAAAGAAAUCCUACCCCAUAUACGAGUAGCAAACGAGUCGAGGGAGUUAAUAUUGAACUGCUGUACUGAGUUCAUACAUUUAUUAUCCUCUGAAGCGAACGAUAUCUGCAACCAACAGCAGAAGAAAACAAUUAAUGCUGAGCACAUAUUACAAGCAUUGGAAAAAUUGGGGUUUGGAGAUUAUAGCGCCGAAGCUGAAGCUGUAUUGCGAGAUUGUAAGGCUGUGGCAGCGAAGCGAAGACGCCAAAGUACGAGGCUCGAAAAUCUUGGAAUUCCAGAAGAGGAACUUCUUCGACAACAACAGGAGCUCUUCGCAAAAGCACGCGAGGAACAAGCCGUUGCUGAACAACAGCAGUGGCAACAGUUGCAAGCCGUUGCCCAAAUGGCUUCUAUGCAACAGCCGGAUAGUGAGCAGGAAGAUUACUCCUAAAUUAUUACCAUUAAAAUAGACAAUGCAAGUCUAAUGAGUGAAUUGAUUGGUUCCUCUACUUAUGAAUCGAUUUUUCCAAUAAAAGUGAACAGCGUAAAUGAGAAAUUCACUUCUUAUUGUCUUAACGGUUUAUCUUUGAUGAUUUAUCUAUGUAAAUUGCGUAAAAAAAAAAGAGAAGAAAUGAAGAAGAAAAUAAUUCCGAGUAUCCUAGAAUACGUUACCACCAUUAUUUAUGAAUAAAUGUGAAU